UAAGCAGGGUGAAUAUUUGCUUUAAGAUCAGAAGCAGGAAGGAGCAACAACAGUUAAAUUGGUGGUAAAUAAAGGCGAGACGGAUUGAUGUUCUUUAAAGAAACUCUUGUGUGAGAGCCCGGCCCCCUGUUAGAACCCGUCCCCCGGUUCCUUGGACGAGGCAGCAGGAUCCCUGACACUAGAGUUGCUCUCUGGCUGCCUGAUGUCUGGAGCCAUGGCUGCACAGCUGGUUGUCGCUCUGCUGGCUUUCACCUCCUUGAGCGUCGCGUCUGAACUGGACUGUAAGGAGCUGGUUAAGCCUCUGCUUCUGGACAGCCACAGUCCUAUCUAUGGAAAGUGGGUAUUGCACGUGGGCACGUGGGACAAACAAGGCCUGCAGAGUGACCUGUCCUCGGUGAACAGCUCCUGGGUGGAGCUGUCUCCUUCCUCAGACAGCGGAGUCAUCACAGUCUACUGGGCCGACCGUCUUAAAGAUGAUAAAUGCCUUCAAGGUCCAGCAAAUGCCACCAUUUCAGGAACAACCAGCCACACCACCUUUGUCAUCAAUGGUCACACCUCCUAUCACGAUGGGAAGUAUUAUGAGACCUGCAGCGACUGUCUCCUGUCUGAGGACACCACCCUCCUCCCUGACGGCAAGUCAAAGGGACGAUACCUUUUCCUGUUCACACGGACCGGCAAUCUGGAGCCCUCUGAGCUGGACACCUAUAAAAAGCAGGCAGAGUGUCUCAAAUUUCUCCCCGAGUACCACUUUGGAAGCACACAUCUGUGUCCAGAUGAGAGGGGAUCUGCUUCGCCUUCCGUCAGCAACACAGAGAGCGAUCAAACCGAGGAGAACACAGAUGUGUCGCCUCAGUAGACUUCCUGGUUCAGCUGAACACAAACUAAACGUUUUAUGUAGAGACAGAACAGUGUUAAUUAAACAUGUAGUAGUUUAGAUGGCAGCAGUGAAGCCAUGGGGGUUCAUGUCUUGUUGAAUUUGGUUCUGUAAAAGUUGUGUUUGGUUUCAUGUGUCACUUGUGGUAAAUAAAAUCUCUAUUAACAA